GGGUACGUGGGUCUAUUCUCUUGACCUCGUUGUGACUCUCUGUGUUAGCUAGCAGCACUCAGUACGGUACGUGAUGUUUUUCCCUGAGGGCGUUCAGCUGUGAGCCACUCUAGUAAAGGACAAUUUAAAAACAUUGCCCUGUAGCGGUGACUAUGGACGCAGAAAUUCCUGCACACUGCAAGAUAGCAAAACAUUAAUUUCACGAAUGUAUUUGCUAGUAGCUGCGGUUAGCCAACAAGCUAGUACCGGUACCGAUUAGCUAACCCUGCUGAGACUGCGAGGCUGUCCUGCGGAUGCCACCUGCCAUUAAGUUUAGUAAAAAACAUCUCUGUGUGUGACUCCAGCUGCUGCACGACGCGUCGACAUGAGGAUUUUAAGGUUUCUGAGGAGCAGCGUGUCCAUUGGAAAGGACAUUGACUAUUAUUCCAAAUUUUCACCCUCCCCUCUUUCAAUGAAGCAGUUUCUGGAUUUUGGCUCAGAAAAUGCAUGUGAGAAAACGUCCUUCGCCUUCCUCAGACAGGAGUUACCUGUGAGGUUGGCAAACAUUAUGAAAGAGAUCAACUUGUUGCCGGACAACUUACUGGGGACUCCAUCAGUCCGGCUGGUCCAGAGCUGGUAUAUGCAAAGUCUUCAGGAGAUCCUUGAGUUCAAAGACAAAAAUGCGGAUGAUGAGAAAGUCACAUAUGAUUUCACAGACGCAGUGAUAAAAAUCAGAAAUCGCCACAAUGAUGUGAUCCCCACCAUGGCUCAGGGGGUCGUGGAGUACAAGGAGACGUACGGCACCGACCCGGUCGUCAGCCAGAACGUUCAGUAUUUUCUGGAUCGCUUCUACAUGAGCAGGAUAUCCAUCAGGAUGCUGCUCAACCAGCACACGCUCCUCUUUGGUGGGAAGGUGAAGGUGAAUCCUGCUCACCCCAAACAGAUCGGCAGCAUCGAUCCAAACUGUCGUGUCAGUGAGGUCAUCAGAGAUGCCUACGAAAAUGCCAGAAACCUUUGUGACCGGUAUUACAUGAACUCUCCUGAGCUGAUACUGGAGGAGUUCAAUGUCAAAGAGGAGGGGAAACCCGUCACUGUGGUCUACGUUCCAUCUCAUUUGUAUCACAUGGUGUUUGAACUUUUUAAGAACGCCAUGCGGGCCACUAUGGAGUUAUAUGGAGAUUCCAUAGACUAUCCUCCCGUCCAUGCUCGUGUCGCUUUGGGAUCCGAGGAUCUGACAGUCAAGGUGAGUGAUCGUGGAGGAGGCGUACCGCUGCGUAAGAUUGACCGGCUCUUCACCUACACCUACUCCACAGCUCCACGGCCGAGCUUCGACGGCUCGCGUGCUGCUCCUCUGGCUGGUUACGGUUACGGCCUGCCCAUCUCUCGGCUGUACGCUCGCUACUUCCAAGGGGACCUGAAGCUGUACUCUCUGGAGGGUUAUGGAACUGAUGCUAUUAUCUACAUACGGGCCCUGUCCACAGAGUCCAUCGAGAGGCUCCCCGUCUACAACAAGUCAGCGUGGAAACAUUACAAGACGAUCCACGAGGCCGAUGACUGGUGUGUCCCGAGCAAAGAGCCAAAGGACAUGACAACAUUUCGCAGUUUCUAGGUACGGGUGGCAAAUGUUCAUAGCAGCAAAGCGCACAAGAGACGUCCUUGUAAAUGAUGGUGUGCGAGUGUGUAAUAGGGAUUAACGUUUCUACAGAAAGUGAAAAAAAAAAAAAAGAUAAAGAGAACAAAGUUUUAGUGCCAUAUGUUUCAUAUGGAAUAAUAGUUUUGUUACAGCAGCCCCUAAUCAACUUUUUCUUUAUUUAUUAUAAAUAGUAAAACUAGGAUGACCAGAUUCAUGUUACUGCAAAUCCUAAUAUUAGCAAUAUUGAUGCAGAUUUAUUAACCAGCAUUUUAAUAUACCGAAACAUUUCAUUAAGGGUGAUCAAAACAGUACAGUCGUCAUGGCUCUCUGGUGGACAAACUACAUAAUAGUGUUUUAAAUGUGUUUUAAUUUUGAUUGUGAUUAGUUAAAACUAGCCAAUGCAAUGAUCAGUUUAAAUAUUUGUGAUGUUUCGAGAACUAGAAAUAAGCUUUCUUCUAGUGGGGUGUCAGCAGAAGUCACAGCACAACAAAUCUGAUACCAUUUGGAUUAGAGGGAAACAUUUUUUCCUUUUAGACAAACUCCACCUUUAAGGUUCAAACUGGUAUUUCUAACGUCGAAAUGUCUUUACAGUUAGUUUUUAUUUUAUUCUAGUUUACAGCUUUUCCUCUGGGUGUUUUGCCGCUUUUAUUUUGCUGAACUGUUACAGUUUAUGUAGAGUUUCUCUCUUCUGCUUCAUGUGAAGAUUGAUACUUGGGAAGAAAAGGAAACUUGCUGCUUUAAAAAAAAAAAAAAAAAGAACAUUUUACAUUUCUGUUAAAUAUAUAUUUAGGUCCUCUCUAGCUGGGUGAUAGUUACGAGCAACAUGAUCAAAAAAUAUUGAUCAGCUAAAAAGGCAUUUUUGCACUUUUUCUGUAUGUGAUAAAAGCAAAGUGAAAGGUUGGAAUCCAUUACAGAAAAAAAAAAACGUAGGCUGCUAGGCUUUGUGUCAUUGCUUUUUGUACUUCCUAGUUCAUUUGCAAUUAAGAUUCUGCAACUAUGAGUGAGGUCUUUUUGUCCUGAGUGUUCAGUCACCUAGAAGAAAAUAUACUACAGUAUCUCAGUUCUGUGGGUGUUUUAUUUGGACUCGUUCAGUUCAGUAAGCUACAAAUGAAAUUGCAGCCGACUGAGUGGAUCAUGGUCAGGAAAGACUGAAUAUUGCACAGAUUAUUUUUUUUGUCUCCAUUCCUGUGGAGUGGACAGAACGAAAGUGAUGAUGGAAACUUUUUUGUGCCUCUGGACUGUAUCUGAUGCUACUCGUGAUCACAGAUUUCUUGCCUGUGUUUGGGUUAAAAUGUGUAACACCGGUACAUUUAGUUUGACGGUUCAGGGCAUUAAAAUAAAAUCUGUGAGUGUGAGAAUGUUACAGUAUGUGUUCAGAGUGACUUAGAUUAUUACAGAUGACUGCAGUCUUCAGUAUCAGCUUCACACCACCUGCCCACUGGUUUGAGACUCAAUGGCACAACACUGAGCAGGUGUUUUAAAAGGGAAUGUGCAGUAUAAUCUGAGUACUCUGUGUGUAGAAGCUACAAUAUGUUAAUUAUAAACUGAAACAUUCAAACUGUUUUAACAUUUCAAUAAAACACCCCCAUCAACCUCAAGUAAAA